GUCUCACAACCUCAUCCGACCGCACGCACACGGAAACACACCAAGUACCAGACCCAACCAGCACUCAUACAAAGCAUACACCAAGCACACAGCAGCUUGGCAGUGCAACAACACCACCACCACCACCCCAGCAGCAAGCAGCAACAACAGCAAGCACCAACAGCGAAAGCAUAUAUAGACUCAUGUCUUUCUUUUCGAACGGAUUCGCGGUCCUGGCCAACAACAGGCGCCGCAAGGAGGCCAAGAAGGCGGCCAAGAAUGGUGCGAACAAGAACGCGAAGAACUCUGACAAGGAGGAAAAGAAAGACGAGGGAAGAUGGGACAUGCUCACUGACGCGUACGGCAGGACGUACUGGCAGCACAGCAUUACAGGCGAAUGGACCUACGGCUUCGGCGGAGGCCUCGUCUCUCCCGUUGGGACGGUCAACCCGUCGCCCAUGGGCUACCUCGGCGGCGCGGUCUUCACGCCUUCGCCGAUGCCCGGUGGUGCACUGCACCCUUUCGCCGUCGCCCCCUCCGCCAAGAAAAAGGACGACGAAAAGGACGAGAAGAAGGAGAAGGGCAAGGGAUGGUGGGAGACGAAGUACAACGAGGACGGGGACCGGUCUUGGGAGCACACGGUGACGAAGAAGACCACCUACAAGGACCCCUACUACUGAACGACUCUCCUGCACACUUGUUGCGGGGAAGUAUGUGUUGAAGAGAGGCGCUACCGCUGAAUGAAGUAGUAUUUUGUUUAGGAUACCAACAAAAGCCAGGGUUGUUGACGUAGUGGUAACGAGGCUGUGUGCCUGAGGCGGAAAAGGUCCUCCGCUGGUUGGUUGGUUUGCUGCGAAGGAAUGCAUGCUGAGCGUGGUGGUGUAUACAGUGAAAAAGAAUGGCAGUCAAAACAAAAAGUACUGGGUGGUGUGUUUAGAUGGAGUUUCUGGGAAUGCGGUUGGUUGUUUUAUGCAAUGUUCUUCGAAGUCCACGGGCGUGCGUGUGAUACAGGGUAUAAAUCCUUAGUGUGUACCGUGUCGUUGCUGUUGUUCUGUUUACUUUCAUUGCUGUCUGUUGGCUUUCAAACAAGAACAUUCGGCGGUAGAUGCUGUAAAAAUAUAGACACAUGUUCUAAGCUCUCGGCGCGUUAUCGCCGAACGAUUAUUAGGAGGGGUCGGCGUUAUUGGUGGCAGAUUGGCUUCAAUUGGCAGAGUGCUUCUUGCUCACCCUCCACCGUGUGGUACGAACAUGAAUCUCUGAAAAGUUGGGAGCAAGGUGACAAGAAGAGUAGUCUAGAUGUAAAUAGCAAUAGGAACUUCCCUUGGUGGUGGAGUUCAAUUCGCUUCCUCUUUCCGGGUGGCUGUGAUCGCCACAUCACGUUAUUGAUAUGUUUUGCGUUUAAUUUGGGGGGACGCUCGCGAUGGGGAUGGUUGUGGAUUUGGCGAAACGAAUGCAGGGAAAAAUCUAAAUGACUUUUCAAACGGUCACUACUUGUCGUUCGUAUAGAGACACCACUGCAAAGAAAAGGGCGCAACAUGCGAGCAACCCCGUACCCAGAGGGGGGCUAUGUCGACUUGUCGCUGAAGCCUGCAGAACAUGCAAGGUAGAGCGCCAGCAUUUGUGCUUAGUGCUCGAAACCCCAUCGAUGCGCGCCCAGUGU